AGCCAGUAACAUUAGCCCAUACUUCUGUCCCAGCACCAGAACUGUCACAGAAUUUCGAGAUAUAUCCCACUCUUACGUGUGAGUUAAAUAAUUGCUUAACAUAAAUGUACAGUGAUGAUAAGAGCCCGAAAUAUACUAGCGGAAAAAAGAAACUGUGCAUUAUUUAAUAUAUGAGUAUUCGUUACAACAUUUCAUAAUCCAUUAAUGUUAACGUCAAAUAACGUUAAUUUCAGCACACUCAAAAGACUGGUAUUCGAACUUUAAUUAACAAAGUUAAUAACGCGUGUGACCACCAUUUGCAUUCACGCAUGCUUGAGAACGGCGCCUCAUUGAUGCAACUAAAGUGUUCAGAAAUGCUUGAGAGAUGUUGAUCCAGAUGUUGGUUAAAGCCUGGCCUAAAUCAGCCAAUGUCACUGGCUGAUUUGGUAAACGGCGUAGACGUUGUUCCAUUUCAUCCCAGACGUGCUCGAUCGGCGAUAAAUCGAGAGAAACAGCUGGCAAAGGCAAGACAUCGACAUUCUGUUGAACAAAAAAGUCCCUGACUACACGUGCAAAAUGUGGCCUUGCGUUGUCUUGCUGCAGAGUGAUGUGAUUUUGCUGUCUCUGUAUGAAGGGUAUCACAUGGCGCUGAAUAAUUUCGUCUCGAUAGCGUACGCCGGUGAGAUUUCCAUUGACAAUUUGUAGAGGUCCCUCCACGUGCUUUAUUCCACCCCACACCAUAACGCUACCUCCACCGAAUUGUCGACGUUGCACAACACAAGCGUCCUGGUACCGCUCCCCAACGCGACGAUACACUCUACAACAGCCGUCACGGCUAUCCAAAUGAAAUCUGGAUUCAUCAGCGAACAGAAUAUUGGCCCAGUCCUGUAUUCUGAAUCGCAGAUGUCUUCUGCACCACGCUAGUCUAGCGAUACAAUGACGUUGAAGCAGUAUUGGGCUUACUGCUGAACGUCUUGGUCUGAUGUUGUGCUCGUGCAGACGAUUACGCACAGUUCUUGGACUGAUUGGUCGAAGUCCAGGAAUGCUACGAGCGUGCACAAGUCUAAUGUAGUUGUCCUGUCGACGCGACGUCACACGAGGACGCCCAGAAUGUGGUCGAUCCCGAGUGUUACCAGAUUGUUGGAAACGUCUCCAAAAUGACUGGAUGGUGUUCCGAUGAACUCCAAAGUUUCCUGCUACGAUAUUUUGUGCCAUUCCAGCUUGAAGCAUCCCAACAGCAUGAUUACGUUGGUUUUCACUGAGUUGUGGCAUGACAGAAGGGUAAAUUUUGUCAAAACUAAAGUGCUUUCCUUAACGAAUAGUGUCCAAACAAACCUUUUACACUUCUUACUCCAAACAGUAUUGGCCAAUUAAACUCGUGCGUACGAACACUUCAAUAAACAACAUGUGUUCACUAACCAUGAAAAAGUCCGUGCAUCUGAGUCGGGUACUAUCCGAUAUUGUUCAAAAUUAUACUAAAUUUUAUAAUGCAGUUUCUUUUUUCCGCUAGUAUAUAAUUCGAAAGGCCAAAUACGUUAGCGUACUUUAGAAAGAAAACACGCGUUUUUGUCGAUCUAUUUAGUUUCAUUUCAGUCUAUCAGAACAUUGAAUCCAUGAGAACAAUUGAGUGUAUCAAAAUAGCUAUCUAGAGUAUCUUUGAAUAAGAGAAAUAUAGAGUUGUGUAGUAACUGAAAAGUUCAUAUCAAAUCGGGACCAAAAUCGGCCGCGUGGCAUUCAACAAGAUUCAACAAGAUUGUGUGAUCGGUAAAAAUUAGACCCUGAAACAAAAUGAGACCCUGAAACACAGAAAUCUGAAACACAGAGAUGCUUAACCCUUUAGUUGCGAUAAGCCUACUAAUAAGUUAGUUGAAUAUACUGAUUGUUGUUUUUUUCUUCUUUUAAUUAUCAUUGAAAAAUUGGAAUGAUGAGGAUAUUUCCUUUUUCUUCAUAAAUGUAACGGUAAUGCGACAUCUGCAUGUAUAAACUUCAUAUGAAUGAUUGAUUAGUUGUUUGUUUUACGUCUCGUUGAGAAUUUUUCACUCACAUUGAGACGCAUCCUCGGAAACCCACGGUCGUUUACCUACCGUGGGUCACAAGGCGAGUAUUUUCGUGGAAGGUGUGUCUCGGUUUCUAUAUGCGAUUGAUCGCUUUACCAUUCCUUAUUGCGAUAUUCAACCACUGAAAAAGCCCCUUAUUUCCAGUCCUCGGUAGCAUAGAAAAACAUGCUUUCGAAGCCAAGAUUUUGACUACGUUUAAGUUGAACAAGUUACAAAACUUUCAGCGAGAUGCUUUAUCUGCAUUAUUGAAGCGGAGGGUGUAUUUGUGUCUAUAAAGACAGGGGAGGAAAAAGUCUGUGUUACCAAGCGUUUACUAUCGUACUGCAUACGAGUCUAUGUACAGGUCUACAUGUUCAGCAUGAGUUCGUAGUUCCAUCACACGGGAGCAAUGUGUUUUUUUAACACGUGCCAUGAAGCAGUGAUGAUAAUAAACAUACCAGAGGCGGAUCCAGAAUUUCCGAAGGGGGGGGGGGACAUGUGAAAGAGAAGUAUUAGUUAAAAUAAUCAGCCAUUUUGGGUGCCAAAUCUGGAGUUAUCAUCUUUAUAUCUUUGAUAGUGGCACAACAAAACACACACACUUUUAUGGGUGCCGCCAUUACAGCUGACAUUUUGAGUACCGGGAAUAUUUACGGCGAUUCCCAUUGGUCCUCGAUAGGUCACGUAAGAUCACGCAUUUUAAUGAGUUAUGCGAAAAUAUCGGCCUUGUGACCCACGGUAGGUAAACGAAUAGAGCGACCGACCGUGGGUUUCCGACGAUGAUUGAGACAUCACUGAAGUACCAUAAAUUUAGAUCUAUAUGCUUAGUGCUCAGGGCCGUAGCAGUGAAGGUUCUUAAUCGUGCAAACGCCCGCCGCGAAGCGGGGCUCGAACUCACGACCUUCCGCUUACGAGGCAAGCGCUCUAUCACUGAGCUACCGCUACCGCGAUAAUGAAGUUAUCUAAAGGUAAAUUUUAAGCCAGUUGGUAAUAUCUAUCAAAUCAAAAUUACAUAUAUAUUCUAAAGACAGGUUUUGCUAAAAAAAGAAACCAAAACUCCCUUCUUAGCCAUUAGUGUAUGCCUUGGGGCUUACGAAGGAAAGCGAUGGGAAGGAGAGAGGGGGAUGGGAGUAAGAGAGAGGAGGGGGAAGUUGAAUCCUUUCCACCCUCGCACCAUCCUAACAGCAGAACACAAAGAAGGAAUUUCUUUUUCUUAUCUAGGCUGUAUGGUCAUUGAAGGGUACGGUCCAUGUUCUUCACACCAAGAGAAAUGCUUUUUAUAUAGAACCAUGUAUGAGGAUUCAGCAGAAAUAAAGCCCUACAUUAAAUGAUCAUUGAGUUACACAAUACAUAAAGUUGAGUCAACACGCAAAAGAACGAAUGUAAAAAAAAAAAAAAAAAUGUCGAGAGUGAGGAAGUGUGUUUGUCUCGGAGUGUAGUGGUUUUCCCCGGACUCUUACAACUAUUUACUCAGCUCUAUAUCUGAAAUACAAAACCCAUCGAUUUCAACAAUUGCAAUCCUUACACAAAAUCUCCAUCAAAUAACGGUGUCUCAUUUCCUUCCCCACUGUGUAGCCUGUUGCAGAGUGAUGAGAAUUUUCGUCGUUAUCGAAAGCAAGGCAUUUAAAAAAAAAAAAACCAACUUACCAAAAUGGAUGGUCGAGCGGUCUUGCACGCUGGUCGCGCUGCUAGAAGGUUAUGUUUUGCAGGCUGUGAGUUCAAACACUAUACUAUCAGAUGAAGUUCUUUAGAAAUAAUUCACAUAUGAAAAUUAUGCAAAAGAUAUAUAUUGUAUGUGAUAUAUGUGGCACAUAUCGACAUUCGGGCACACGUUGAGAGUAAUUAAACUGUGAUCACGUGUGCAAGUCGGCAGACAGAAUUUCUAUCAAUCAACUCAAGAAAAUCAUCUGCAAAUAAAGAAAAGUUUUUAAAAAUAAAAUUGACAGUACCUCACGAGAAUAAAAAAAAAGAUAUAAAAUUUUAUUAACAAACAAGAAAGCAAAUCUUAAAAUUUGCAGAGCAGGAAGGUUUAACAAACUAGCUCACAACAAGUAUUAGGUUGAAUAUCAUUAUGUUUUAAAAAAACCAACCUGUUAUCUACUUUAACAUGAUAUAGGAUGUGGGUGAUUCAGCAGAUGCUCUGACAGAAAUCGACAGUCAUGGAUUGAGCACUAGUGGUGAAGUGUGUCAACUUAUCAGAGGAAAUGAUUGGACAGAUUUCUACCGGACAGCGUGAUAUAAUCCACUUACUCAGGAUGUAAAAGUAACAUCUAUGUACAAAAGUCUAACUCAACCCCCCGAAAACGAAGUUACAGACGCCCGGAAAAACAGGUGACACUUGAAGCGUACACUUUUAUCUGUAAGUCUGAAGGAUAAAAGACAAAGGGGUGCAGAAGUCUGAAGGAUAAAAACAGAGGAGUGCAGAAGAUGGAUUACGACGAAGAUUUAAGUGAACAGGAUGGCAGCUGUAGGAGAAGAAUGAAGAAGGUGUUUCACAGCCCCGCCACACACACUGUCAUCAUUGCCUUAAUCAUUCUAGAUAUCAUCCUCCUGUUGGUAGUACUGCUGGUGGAUAUCGAUGUUAUUAGAGUCCAUGCUGAGACUCCUGAAGAAGAAGAGGAAUUAAAGGAAGAAGUGGAGGAGGGGCUUCACUAUGCCGCCCUGUCAAUCAUCUCGCUCUUCGUAGUGGAGGUUAUUCUAAAGAUUGCAGUAGAAGGAAAACACUUUUUUUCCGAUAAGUGGGAGGUAUUUGAUGCUGUUAUCAUCUUUGUGACCUUUGGACUUGACCUUGCGCUAGCCUUCAGUCCUGUCAGUUACGUGGUGAAAGACAGCGUAUCACUGCUCAUCUUCCUGAGAUUGUGGAGGGCUAUCAAAAUCAUGGCCGAAAUUCAGUAUUGUGUGCGAAAGGAGGUCCCAGAAGCCAUAGAUAAAGAACAGUUAGCGAAGGAAAAAGCUGACUGGAGGGCAAGGCGACAGGAGGCACACACGAGGGUGUAACUGUUGUCUUGUCAGAGCACAUUGAUGUUUCACAACAUGCACAGAGUAAAUUCAGACAUAGAUCGAAUUCUAAUUUUCGUCUUCGAGGGGAUGCCAGUAAUAAUGCAUCAUCCAAAGCAUUGCUCUCGAGCAGUCCAGCUUCAUUUUCAUCAUCUACAACGCCCAGAUUCUCACCUUCCACAUCCACCUUUCUAGUUACCAUCAGUAACACAACGAUGUCUCCACCUGGAAA